GGUCCAAAGAGACACAAUGCAAUUUACCGUGCUCUCACUUUGUGGCCUUUUAUGGUUCUGGCUCCCCUUGUGUCAUGGAUGGGCUCUAAAAACUGAAAGAAUUAAGGCUGAUGCAAAGAUGCUAUCAAGGACUCUAAUAACCAGAAUAGAGGAACACCCAAUUCAGUUCAUGUUUCCCAGCAACCUUAAAAUCAGUGGCUUGGACUUUAUCCCAGAUGAUCAGUUACUGGAGAGCUUAGAACAUAUGGAUGAGACACUUGAAAUCUUCCAGAAGAUCCUGUCUAGUCUCCCACUGGAAAAUGUUGAUCAGAUGCUUAGUGACAUGGAGAACCUCCGCAGCCUACUCCAGCUUCUGAACAGUAUUAUAGGGUGCACAGUGAGAAAGCCAACUCUGUCGGACACUUUAAUAAACAUAACAGAAGAGUAUGCCAAGGCCCCUUUUACUACUGAAAAAGUGGCACUUGAUCGACUUCAGAAGUGCCUGCAUAGCAUCGUCAAACACCUGGAUCACAUCAAAGGUUGCUGAGACAUAACCUAUGGCUUAUCCCAGUCAUCUUAUUCAAGUAAUUGAUGCAAUGCAAGGGUGGCAUUUCCAUUGU